AUGUCUGAUGGACUCUCCUCCAGCUACAAGAUCUUGGCUGACAGGGAGGACUACUACGCUAAGGUACCUACCAGACCUGAACCCCCAAAGCCCUCGCCAGCUGCAAAGCCUCCUGUUACGGAGGACACGUUGCAGAGCCUCUUAAACGAGCUACGCCGGAACAUAGCAACCGACAUCGGGCAGUUACGGAAAGAAAUUAAUGGAGUCUCGGCACUCUUGCAACUCACUGAACUGAAUUCUGCGGACCACGAGAACUGCAUACAAGUGCUGGAGAGACCGAUCACAGCCUUACAGCAUAGCCAGACACUAGCCAAAGAAACUCUGGCAGUGCUGGAAGACAAAAGGCGCUGGAAGAAUACAUAGCGACACAGAGGGGCUAGGGAAGGGGGCAAACAAGACAGAGGCUUCAACUAAACCCAUAAGAUUUUAUUAGUGUCGACUGAAAUCGCCAGUAGAUUACUAAAAGUAGACUAAAACUAAAACAAUUCAGAUGACUAGAAUACAACAAAAACUAAAAUGACUUUUUUGUCAAAAGACUAUGACUAAAACUAAAUAGAAAUUUGCCGCCAAAAUUAACACUGAUAUGUGGAUAACAAAUGUGAGGAUUCAGUUACACCAUAGGGCCAUGCUAUGUUAAGCUCACAAUUGUCACAGUAUCCCAAUAUUGGUGGGUCCUACUCUACCCAUACACUAUAGGUGCCCUUUUGGAGGUGACUACAGGAAAGCAUAAAUUGAGAAGAGUUUGUGGAAGCAGUUUAAGCAGUAUGAAUUGCAGUGAGCAUGUGUAGGACUCACCGAUAUUGGGGUACUGUGAGGUAGUAGUGGGCUUAACACAAUAAGGCCAUGGAAAAAGUCCAGCCAUUGUUAAUAUAAUGAGAAUGGUUUGUACGGCAUCAAUGUAACCUGGCAACCAAGGAGAAUGGACUGGAAUGCCCAUGCAUAAACAAUGAUGACUUCACUGUAAUAGUCAGUGGUGGUGCUAGACGCCAUUGAAUGAGCAUAUGUACUGUGGGGCCAUCACAUUCUAAAUGACUGAGAGAGUAGAGCAAUGAAUCUGCAUAAAAUGAGUGCAGCGCAAAUAAAAGUGGGGCAGAAAUGCUUUAAAGAUGGUCGAGAAUCUGUUAAGAGAAUUGGCGCCCUGUGACUUCUGGCUUUUCCCAAAGCUAAAUCACUUUUAAAAGGUAAGAGAUUUCAGACCGUCAAUGAGAUCCAGGUAAAUACGAGAGGAGAGAGUAGAGUGCUGCCCUUUAGGAGAGAGCAAGAGACAGGUAUGUGAGGUAGAGGUUAGUCUGGGAGGCCAUAUGCUUUCCUAAAGAAAUGGGUUUUAAGGUACUUCUUAAAUGAUUGAAGACUAGGGGAGAAUCUGAUGGCGGUAGGCCGGCUAUUCUAUAGAAAGGGAGACGCCCCCGAGAAGUCCUGCAAGCGCGUGUUCGCCGUACAGGUGCAAGCAGCGGACAGGAGAGGGUAACGGGCAGAGCGGAGAGACCAAGAAGAGGCAUACCUAUGGAUCUGUGAGGAGAUAUAAGAGGGGCUAGAAUUGGUCAGUGCUUUAUAGGUAUUGGUUAGCACUUUGAAUUGACUCCUAUAGGAUACAGGAAGCCAAUACACUGAUAAGCCACAAAAUUAAAACUACCUGCAUGAAAUUGUGUACGUCCCUCUCGUGCUGCCAAAACAGCUGUGAUGCAUUGAGGCAUGGACUCCACAAGACCUCUGAAUGUGUCCUGUGGUAUCUGGCACCAAGACAUAGAAACAGAUCAUUUAAGUGGUGGGCUUACAUCGCUCUGAUUUGUUGUUCCAGCACAUCCCACAGAUGGUCAAUCGUAUUGACAACUGGGGAAUUUUGAGGCCAAGGCAACACUUUGAACUAUUUGUCAUGUUCCUCAAGCCAUUCCUGAACAUUUUUUUGCAAUGUGGCAUGAUGCAUUAUCCUGCUGAAACAGGCCACUGACAUUAGGGAACACUAUUGCCAUGAAUGGGGUGUAAGUAGUCAGCAACAAUCUCUAGGUAGGUGGUUCCCAUGGUUUGGUAGCAGAACAUUUCCCAGAGCAUAAUACUGCCUCUGCAAGCCUACCUUCUUCCCAUAGUGCAUCCUGUUGCCAUUUGUUCCCCAGGUAAACCACGCACAAGCAACCUGCAAUCCACCUGAUCUAAAAGAAAAUGUGAUUCAUCAGACAAGGCUAUCUUCUUCCAUUGCCCCGUGGUAAUGUUCAAUUUAUGGCACCUGAGAGUGAGUGCUCAUGUUCUAUAAUUUUGAGACCCUUGUUCUUCAUCGAUGACAAUGAGAGAGUGCACAGUACACAAAUAAAUAUAUUUAUUUAAAUAUGCUUGUACCAGGGCUAAGCUCUCAUCCAUGCCUUUAAGGAAAACUCCAGAGACUUAAAACACUUCGGCUUGCCAACUGGUCAUUUCCCCUGCACAAAUGGAAAGUCUGUUCUUUGGCAAGAUGGUAGGGCUUGGAAAGGCUGCAGACAGCAGGUCUGAAGUUUUUGAAAGCUUUUUUUUUUUUUAUAUCCCCUUUAAAGAAAACAUGCAAGAAACAAUGCAUGCAUGUUUUCUCUGGUCGUAUAUUUACAUUAAUGGAGUAUUCCUUCGAAAUGGAGGCUCCAUUGCACAGUAUUUUAAUGUUUGCAUCAGGACUUUAUAGUUUUUUAAUGGUCUUUUUUGAGUAUGAUGACAAAAUAAUUUUAUUUUUUAUUCACAUAUGUUUAGAUUAAUUUCCCCACUGUUAUUGGAGGGGUAGGUAGAGCUUUUUAUGCGGGGAGUGGGGAGAGGAGGAAGUUUAGAAGCAUAGGGGCCCAUAACCUUCUGGAGGGAACCUUUUCAUCAAAAAUUGUGGGGUGUGGACACCUUCUAUAUUUCGUUUAUAUGCGGACUGGAGGAAACACUACGACCCCCUCAGUUCUUUUACUAAAAUUAGAGUUCCUGUCCGUUGAUCAUGGGGCAGGGGAAAGAUAGUUUCCCACCAAGUUUAUUAUAAAAGUAAAAAACACCUUGUAGGUGUCGAAUUCAGUAUACAUCUCGUAAGAUAUCCUCGAUAAAUGGACUAGAUAUUGGAUUCGACUUUAUUAGUGUGGAACAAUAUGAGCAUCAUAUAAGAGAGUGCAUUUGCCUUAUGUAAUCACAAAUAUGUGAACAAAAAUAACCUUACAAACAAAAGCAGGUUCAAAUCAGCAAAAUCUUUGUCAUGCUUACCCAUUCCAGAGCUCCCUGAUCCAGCGGCGGGUCAGAUUUCAUAACGGCACGACUCUAAAAGUGCCGAAUCGAUUGGUAUGAACAAGCAGAAGUGCCGGAGUUUGGCGUUUGGCCGAAUUUGGGUCUUUAGGCCCUCCAAAAUGAUGCCGACCAAUAGUGUUAGUCCCCUGGCUAUAUAAGCCAGAGCUUUCAGUAGCAAGUUGCCCUGUUGUGGUUCUUGAUUACCCAAGAGUGCACUUUAUAGUAUUUUGGAUUUAUUGAUACUGACUUUGGCUUGUUUUAUUGUCUCUCUGCUUUCUGUGUUCCUGACCUUCACUUGUUAUCUUAUCUAUGCUGUUUUUAUUACGCCGGUAAUACGUUAUUAUAUUCCUUCAGCAGAUUAGGGUCUGUGAGUGUUGGGUUCUUCUAUCUAGCCAUGACAUGGUUUUCUUGAAAACUGAGGACACAGUGGGGGUCUGCACUAUACCUCAUACUUCAGCGAUGGCAGGUCUCGUGGAGAAAAAUACUUUUUUUUUUUUUUUUUAAACAAAAUUUGAAAUCUAAUAAUAAAAUGUAUACAUACCCCAGCUUGUGGUUAUUUGUGGAGUCAAUUACGUAGGAGUACGUUUACAUAUGUAAUGGUCUGUAACUUGCCUUCAUGUCCAAUCUGGUCCUGGAUACUCGGUAACAUUGAUUCAUAAAUGGAAAGCGUGAAUAAAAAGACAUCUGGAGUCUAAAGGCAAGUUUUAAUGGAUGUGCUAUUCGUGUCAGUGGACCUUACUUGCAUCUUGCAUGAUGGGUUAACUUCCUGUAAUGUCCGUUUUUGUCAAUAUAUGUACAUGAGUACUUAUUAGAGAACUGGAGACCAGUCAUAACUACCAAUAGUUAUCAAUAGCUAAUAAUUAAAGCAGUUAUUGGGUCUUGCAUGUGGAAGAAGACUAGAAAGUAAAUUUCUAUGGACUGUAUUGGAAAGAUUCCUCAUGAAAGUGGUCACGCACAGGACACAGAUUGGUAGACAAAUGACACAAUGCAAAUCCGUGACUGGGAGAGCAAGGGUUACUUCACUACUCCCCCCUUCACAGACACGCAUACAUUAUCCCAUCAAGUGAGUUCUCCAUCGCACACAUCAACCCUGUAACUGGCGUGAGAGCACUGUGUGAAUCUGUGAGCAUCAUAUUAAACAAUCCUGUGAUGCAAUACACCAAUAAAACAGUGGAUUUGUUAUAUUUACUGUUCACCUAGACACAUUGUGGCUAGAAUAUUCCAAACCUUCAUAUUUAGAUCCGUAAAGUGGGAGAUGCUUAUUGCAGUGUAGGACAGAGAUGCGAUGUAGAGAUACACAGGCAGUGAUCUGCAAUGCUCUGCCACGAUCGCUGGUUAUAGAAGAAAUGUUCUGCAGAUCUGUAAAUAAAGGACUGAUAAAGGAACAAUGUUCUUUCCACCGCUAUUAAAGGAAUGACUAAUGUAUCAAUGCUUUUUUAUGGCUCUAUGUUAGCGGAGAGUUUCAUUAAGUGUCACCCCACAGUGCCUAAGCAAAUAAUGUUUUCUGUUUGUUUAGCAUGGAAAUAGUCAUAAAAAAUACAAAGUCUGUAACUACCGACCAAUCCUCUGACCAGUGUGGAAGGUUUAGUAUAGCCAUGAUCUGCAAGCCUCUAUUAAGCAGUGUUCACUGUCUCUCCCUCCCUCUCUCCAUCACUUGCCCCCUCCCUCUCUCUCUCUCUCUGCCUCUCUCUCUCCCUCUCUAAGGCUGAGCUGGGGCACAUGCUCUGCUCGCUGUGUUUAACAAGGGGGAACCCACAGCUAGCAAAACCCGUGCAUCCCCCAGUAGAGACGAGGGGAAGAAAGACGGGGGACACCCUCCUUGAAUUCAGCAGAAGAAACAGUAAGAGGAAUGCCGCAGAGAGCUAAAGAAACCAGCACUGAAUCAGCUUUGCUACAGCAUCAGGACCAGAUCUUGGGAGAUGAGGCCUGAUCAGUGUAUCUGCUUCCGUCUACCUGGGAGGGGAGAGGAGCAGAUACAGAAUAGAACAGAUUCUUCAUUCCCACACGGCAUGGUGAGAGCAAUGGAAAUGAGGGAAUUACGAGGGAAGUAGGAAAGAAAAAAAAUAGAAACUAAAUAUGGAGGAUGAAAAGGCGAGGGGUUGAAGUAUCGCAGUGGCAUGGCUUACAGGAAUAGAAAAUCGACAGGCAUUAAGCUGGUGGUAGCAGAUGAAUGAAGAAUAUGGAAGAAGAAGAUUUACAGUGAGAAUGGGAUAGAGAGAGAAAGGGAGACCGAGAGAAAUGCAUGAACACAAAAUGGGAAUAGGGGAGGGAACACAGAAUAGCACUGAAGAUGAUAACGGAUCAUGGAAAGGAUACAGAGGGCAAUCAGGGGAAAAAGGAAGGGCAAACCCACAAAAUAUUAAAAAAAGAAAUGCUGAAGUGGAGAGAAGAAGGUUAGAAGAUGUGGAGAUACGUAGCAAAUGAACCAUAAAAUAGAUAAAUAGGAAUAAGGGAAAUCGGGACAAAAGAAAAGAAGAUACAAUGUAUAUGAAGGGGAGAAUGGGAAUAGUUUAUGGAGAUUAAUACGUAAAAGAGAAAGAUGACAAGGAUGACACAAUAGACCGCUUUUAGAUGAUAAUGCUGAUUUUUAUGUCCCAAACAGGUUGGUAAUUCAAGUCAGUCUUCGUCCCAUCCUUUCCUGUGUGGUGCCUGAUCUUGGAGAAGAAAAAAAAGACGAGAGAUUUGGUUUUUGGUGGCCUGGUGAAGAACGUUUGGAAAUAGAAUGUUGGUUGAUACCUCGGAUUCCUGGGGGAUAUUUAGAUGCUAUUUUACUUACAAGGAAUGACAGAAUACCAGAGGAGGAGAGAAGGAUUACCCAAAGUGAUUAUGAGGUAAGUUGAGGCAACUGUCAUCCUCUGACACCCCUGAAAAUUAUGAAGGGAUGGAGACAAAAAUGAGAAGGAGGACAAGGGGUGGAGCUAAAGAGAGAGAGAGAGAAAAAAGAGAGAAAGAUUUGUACAGUAUUGUCAAAUGGAAACGUAAUGCAGGGAAACGGAGAAACAGAAAGUCUAAAAUGUAAUAGGGUAAAAAUAAAAGCAACCUAAUGACAAAUGACAGUACUUUCUCUUCUUCACAAUAGCCAUUUUUGGAUAUUGCCCUAUGCUGUGUAGCCAUCCUUUACAUACCCAGUCUUAUAAUAUAUCGCUAAAAGGGUAAAUUUAUGCAACCUCCCAUACACCCGCAAUACCUCUUAACUAAUUGUGUCUUAUUGUUAUUGUAUUGUAUUAAUCAGUCCUUGUUACCCAUUAAAUGGGUCCAUAUAGCCUCUCCUAUCUAACUCUGGUCAGUUGCAGUAAAGAAAACCAAAUGCUAAUUCUUAAUGCACGUAUGGUGGAACACUAGACCUUUCUCACUGUAUUUCUCCUUUCAUUCUACCACAUUUACUAUAUUUACACCAACCAUCACAAAGAUGUCAUCAUAUCUACACCCACCAUCACAAAGAUUUCACCGCAGUGGCUGGAUUGUUAUUAUUGUUCUGGAUUUGUGGCCUUGAGUAACUUUUUUUCCUGAUAUCCAAUAUUAAAUUAUCAGUUGAGGGUAGAAAAGGAAACAUAGGAGACCAUAUAUGACCAUUCCAGACAGCUACUAGCGGUCGCUUCGUCCUCCAAAAUUGAGUAGAACUCCGUACUGGAAUCAAUAGCUGCAUUUUAUUGGAGGAGCGUGGUGUUUAGCUGCACUUGCAUAGUCCCAAUCCAUAUCUUUUAUAUAAGAAGCAAUGGGUUGGAAGAGAUUGUGGGUUAUGUCAACUUGGCUUACCGCAGAUUUAACUUAAUUUUAUCCAGCAAAGGGGAGAAUGAAUGCAUCAGGUUUUACAUCGCCAUAAGGGAACCUAAAAAUUGCUGUUUUUUGGAACUAUAAGUUCCCUUUAAUGUGGAAAACAAAAUCAUAGCAUAGGCUUUAUUUUAGUUACAAAACCAGUGCUAACUUCUUCUGCGUAAUAUCUGGGUUCUCUCAGAUCUCAGAAAGUAUCAGUUCCAGAGCAAAUAUAAGCAACAUAAAACCUACAUUAUCCCCAAAGAUUCUCAAUUACCUACCAACCACAUGGUAUUGAGCAUGACAACCCAUGAUUCCAAUGAUUCCAAUGAUUCCUGCAGCACCCUUAAACCACACAGCUACCAACAACAGCAACCACCAUCCCCACCACACCAACAUUUCAUCUAUACCACAGUGACCAGACACAUAUCAGUUCUACAGCACCCAGCAACCACAUAUUUAAAAAUCACCUACUCAGACAGUAUUGAAUGCACCUCCCAACAGGGGCGGAAUGGGCCAAAAAUGUGUCAGGGGCAUUUAACACAAAGUAGCCCAAUAUAAGGAGAGCGGGCCAGAGAAGGCCGUGUCAUCACCAAUGACACCCAAACCCCCUGAAAAUGGGCAUGUCAGUGCCUGCUAAAGAGUUCUCACUGGAAAAAUACCCUGUGUUUGUUUAGUGCAGUGCAAGCAAAUUUAAAUACACACUUGUUUUGGGGACACCAGAGACAGGUUACCAGCAUUCGCUGGUAACUAGUCUCUGGUUUUCCCCAAAAGUGGAAUGUAAGAGGACAUAAGAUGGACAGGGUUGGAAGAGGGUGUUGUAGGUGAGUGUAUGUCGAGAGUGCCUGUAGCUUUGCUUGCAAAUCUGCUUGUGAGGGGUAAGCAGUUUGCAGUGUUUGUGGUGGUAGCCCACAAUCAGUGGACUUGUUUGGGUAUAUCUGCUUGGAGCCAUGUCAUGGACACGCAUCUGUAAAACAUCAAGCAUGCAAUACCACAUAAUGAGCAUGCAAUAGCACAUAAUCUCUCUACAUAUAUGUUAUGCUAUAAAAUAUACAUAACUAUUGUUGUAAAGCCUGAUAUUCAUCUGAUAAUGGUUUCAUAAGCCUGGACCUAGUAUACUUAACUUUGUGUAUAAUUUAAAAUUAGAAAAAAUAUCUUCUGGGAUUAAACAAUGCCAAUGUGAUUAAGAAAGCCAAAGUACUUUGUACUCAUGAGUAGCCAGUGAUAUAAUUCCAGAUGGCAUAUCUCUGAGUCACAGGUGGCAAGGUCAACUUUCAUCAUUCCUAGAUCAAUAAAAAGAGCACCAUUAAGUAGGCUAAUAAUAACAUCAAGACCUCAUGAUAUACCUAUACAAGCUCGAAUUUUGGUAAUCAGCAAUUGUCCGAAAUCCUGAAAUGCUACGUGGACGAAUCACAAAAACAAACAACAUGGACAAUGGACAAAACUGUUUUGUUUGUUUUGUGAUUUGUAGGCCUGUCUGUGGCUCCAAAAAAAAGUUGAAUAAUGGAAAAAAAAGAUUAUUGAUGCCUAGGGAAAAGCAACUAAAUGUUUAUUUUAUUCACACAUCAAGUGAGAAGUGAGCAAUGGCAGGAAAAAAAACAGGCAAAGUAAAAAAUAUAUUAUUAUAUAUUUAUUAUCUAAACAUAUAAAUAUAUAGAUUACGUUUACUGUUCCUCCUCUUUUCCUUCUAUUAAUUACCUCUUCUCACUUGAUCUAUGAACCAAAAGGCAAAAAAAAAGCACAUUUAUAUUUUGCAAUUCACUGAUUGGCCAAUUUCUGUGCCAUUUUGGUUGGUCCCAAUCAUCUUUCCCAAAAAGAUUACAUGGAUGAAAUUUGUCCAAAAUUGAAACGCCAAAUGGACGAAACCCAAAAUAGUACCGUCAAACUGGGGAAAUGUUACUUUCUCGUUAUCUGUUCAAACCUAUCCAACCUAUCUCUAUUCAUAUAACCACUCUUAAUAAUGCUGUAUGUGCCUGCAUCCCUUCUAUUGCUUCAAGUAUCAUUACCCUAAAGAAGAGGUAAGCAACGUUCAGCAAUCUAAAUAUUGUGGACUACAUCUCCCUUGUUACUUUGCAUAUAUUAUGACUGUAAGAGCAUUAUAGGAGAUAUAAUCCACAACAUCUGGAGUGCUGAAAGUUGCUUACCACUGCCCUAUAGCUCUUGUCAUUCUUUAAUGUAAUGUAUUCUAAUAGCACACAUUCAAAGUUUCAAUAAUAAACUGACCAAAACUCUGCUUUUACCUACAGGUGUUAUGA